CUGUUUUUUUUUUAUUUGAAAUCACUCGACUAACACAACUAGCAGCGAAAAGCAACCAACGCACAUCAUCACACAAUAAUGAAGGUCAUCAUGCUUACUUCGUUCGGCGGACCCAGCUGCCUCCAAGUGCAGACGCUGCCGGAUCCUGUGGCCGGGCCAGGCCAAGUGCUCGUUCGCGUCCACGCUGCCGGAUUGAACUUUGCCGAAAUUAUGGCGCGCCAGGGCUUGUACGACGGAUGCCCCAAGCCACCCGUGGUGCUCGGCUAUGAGUGUGCAGGCGUCGUCGAGGCGGUCGGCCCUGACGUGACCUCUAUCGCCGUCGGAACGCGUGUCAUGGCCAUGAAGAACUUUGGCUGCUGGACCGAUUUGCUGCAAACGGACGCGGACGCCGUCUGGCCCAUUCCAGAUUCCAUGAGCUUUGAGAUUGCCGCUGCUAUUCCCGUCACGUACAUUACCGCGUACAUUUGCCUCUUUGAUAUGGGCAACCUGCGCCCCAACCAAAGCCUCUUGGUUCACAUGGCGGCUGGUGGUGUUGGCAUUGCUGCUACGCAGCUCGCGCGCACCGUUCCGAACGUUCGCAUUUUUGGCACGGCCUCUGCGGCAAAGCACCAGGUCGUCAAGGAGAACGGCGUGGAUGUUCCGAUCGACUACCGCACGACCGACUACGCCCCCAUCGUCCAACAGGAGACGAACAACAAGGGCGUCGACCUCAUCCUCGACCCGCUGGGCUCUGAGCACUUCAUGAAGGGCUACAACCUGCUCGCGCCCCUUGGCCGCCAGAUCUCGUACGGUGGCUCUACCUUCCUCAACGGUCAAUCGCGCAGCCUGCUCCACGUCGCCUCCGAGUGGUGGAAGUGGAAGAGCAUUCAUCCGAUGCGAUUGAUGAAGGACAAUCGCAUGGUGGGCGGGUUUUUCGCGGGUGCCCUUGCCAGCGAAAAGACCAUCCUCAAGCGAACGGUGGAUGCCAUCAUUGCCCUGUACCACGAGGGCAAGGUCAAGCCUGUGAUUGACUCUGUUCACCAGUACGAGAACGUGAACGAUGCCAUUGAUCGCAUCAUUACCCGUCAGAAUGUUGGCAAGGUGAUUCUGACCCCGAAUCCUCCCGCCAACAAAUGAAAAAGCGCAAUCCAACACUGUGAAUCGCUGGAGUUCUCGGUGCAGCUGUAUCGAUUAUUGGUUUUGACUUUCUGUUUUGGUUGAUUUUAGAUUGCAUGGUUGUUUUCUGUUGUUGUUGUUUGUUUUCUGUUGUGACAUGAAUGUCUUUGGUGCA